AUGCUAGGCCUAGGUCUCCAUGUGUCUGCGCAUGACUGGAGACGUCCCAAGAAGCCAGGCAGCCUCCUGAACUCCUAUAAAUACGCUCCUCCAGCCCCAAGUCCAAACCAUUCCAUUCCCAAAGCUAGAGAGCACCUGAAAAGUUUGCAUUGUUGUGAGGUUGUGAUGGGUAAUCUUCUAGGGAGAGAAGUUAUGCCGUCAAAUCUCUUGUGUUGUGAGGUUGUGUCGGGUAACCUUCGGGGAAGGUUAGGCCGCCAGAUCUCUUUUGUGUGUGAGGUUGUGUUGGGUAACCUUCGGGAAGGAUAUGCCAACAGAUCUCUUUUCUGUCAUGGCUAUGCCGCUAAACCUCGAGUGCAUACUAACAUGGUGGUGCGUAAGGCCCAUAUGUUGAGUAUGACUCCGAUGUGGAAAGAUCACGGACGGCUGAGCCGCCAGAUCUUUCGAGGUUCGUGUGGGUACUCUUCCGAGGCAAGGGAAGCUCUGCCGCAGAACCGGUGGUAUGAGGCAUAG